AUGACUACUUUUGAAGAACCCAUAAUCUAAAUUAUUGUAGAUGAAAUAGCAGAAGAAUAAGGUGAUCAUAAAAUUAGAAAAGAAAUUGAUGAUAAAAAAAAGAACAAAUAAUUAUUGAAGACUGAAAAGAAAAAAGGAUUUAGAUCAAAUUUUGAUGGAAAAUAAUAAUUUGGAGAUAAAACUAUAUGUAGAUUAUGCUAAAAAACAACAUUAGAAUAACUAUAUAAUAUAUGUAAUAGAUGUCAUUUUAGAUAUCAUUAAGAGUGCAAUAAUUAAUAAUCAUAUGGAUCUUAUAAUUAGGAAACCUAAAAAUGGAUAUGCAAAAAAUGUAUUAAUAGAAUAGAGAUAUUAAACUUAAAAAACAAAGAUAAAAAAAAGAAGAAAAGAAAAAUAGAAAUAUAAAUAUAAAGCACAGAAUAAAGUGAUUAUGAAAAUAAUGGAUCUUUAUCAGAAUUUUUACUUAGAUUUCCAACUUAUAAAAAUCAAGGAUAAAUUUUGUUUCCAAUUAUUGAUGAAUAUUUAAUUGCCUAUUAAGAACUAUUUCAAGUUGAAGUGAAAAAGAAACCAGCAAUUAAGGAAGAUUAGGAUAUUCCUAAUUAAUACUUUUAAUAAGUCUUGAUUAUAUGGGACUCAUAUAAUAAUUAUGAAAAAAUUGUUAGUGAUAUUUUAAAUAUUGAAGAAGGCAAUUCAGAUAAUGUAUUUAUUUAACUUAUAAACAUAGCAAUCUCAAAUUGGCACUUUCAUUCAUUUUAAAGAUCACCAUUAAUUAUAUUCAUAGAAAUCAAGAAAACAAAUAUAUUAGAUGUUAAAUACUGAACCACUUAAAUUAGUUGAAUUCUUUAGUUGGUUCUACACUAAAUAAUUGAUAGAAGAUGUUGACUUUGAGUAAAUUUAAAAAUCAUAAGAAGUAAUAAAAUAUUUAUGAAUUAGAAUGCAUUUUGGUAUUUAAUGGGAUUUCUAUGGUAUAAUAAUAGAAAAUAAUAUUAUGAAAUUUAUAAAGAAUCUUUGCAAUAUAUAGGACAUUAUUUAUAUCAACAAGGUAUUUUAUGUUUGAAUGAUGAUAAUCUAAAAUUGCUAGAUCAAAAUAAUAAAGAUUAUUUUCUUAACUUAAUUCUUAUUUUAAUUGAAGGAUUGCCAGAUUUAAAAAAAACACAAAACCUAAUUUAAUAUAGAAUUGAAAAUCUUCUUUCAAAUAAUAAGAUAAAAGAAUAAUUAGCAACUUAAGUAAAGGAUUUAAGAGGAUAAACUGUUGAAAUAUAACUUAACUUAGAUUAAUUUGAAAAAGAAGUUUAAGCACUGAAAGUACAAAAAAUAUAAUAUUAUUACUUAAUAGUAAAAGUUAUCUUAAGGAGAUUUGAGUAAAACUGAUUUUGUGAAUAUUCAAUAAUAGAUAGAAAAUAUAAAUGUUAAAAUGAAUGAAAAAGAAUAAAUUAAAUCUUAGAUAACAAAGAAAUUAAUAUCAGUUCAAGAAAGAUAUAUUUAACUUGAAGAAGUAAAUAUUUAAUUUUAUUUUAGGAGUUACACUUAGUAUAAAUUCCAAAUUUAUUAAUUAAUCCAUCCAUGUUUUUAGGAUUUGAUUUGAAAUAUUCAUUGUAUUAUUUCUUUCUUAAUGAAAGGGAUAAAGUAUUUGUCUAAUAAAGAAAUUCUUGGAUUGAUUCAACUAUGAAAUGGGGGUAUUAUUAAAAUUAAUUUAGUUUUUAUAAUUUUGAUGAUGUUGAGAUUCUUUUAAAAAGUCUAAAUUUAAAGGGAAUAAAAGAAUACUAAUUAAAAUUUAAUCUAGAAGAAAUAAAGAAGUAAAAAUUGAUUAUUUUUGAACCAAAUCCUUCAAAUUAAAAUAAGGAAUCUGAGAAAAAAGAAGACAAUCAUAAAUAAAAUGGGAAAUAAUAAUAUUCAAACUAAUAAACAGAAAUUCAGGUAAUCUAACUUUGUAAAAUGUUAACUGAAAUCGACACUAUUUUGACUAAUUACUUAAAUGAAAAAAAUUGCAGAUGGUGUAGUGUUAGUAUACGUAAUGUAUUUAGAAAAAGUUAUGAUGAUAAUAAAGAUUCAAUUGAUUGUUUAAAGAAAGCAGUGGAAUUUUUUAUAGAGAACACUUAAACUUAGGAAAGAUUAGAUAAAUUAUAAGAGGGAGAUACUUUAGAAGAUAAUUUAUAUAUUGAUUUUGAUGAAGAUUCAGCAUUUUUAAUUACAAGAAAAAAAAAAAUUGUAGAAGAUGAAGAUGUUGAGAAUGAAAAUUUUAAAUAAUUAGAAGCUCUUGAUGCAAGUAAAUUAAAAAUAAGAAGAAUGCCAAUGAAAUUAUUUGGAUGUUAUUUUGAAAAUCUUAGAUAGUGCUUAUUAGAUUAAGUAAAGGAUAAAUAUUGUGAUUUAUUAUAACUCAAAACUUGUCUUGUUGUAUUAAAAGAAGUAAUUAAAAUGUACAUUCAAAGAAAGCAAGAAGAAUUCUAAAGAUAAGAAAAAAAAAAAAAUACACUUUAAUAACAAUCAUUAUAACCUUCUUUAAUUAUUGAAGAAAUCUAUAGAGAUUAAGUAAACAAAGCUUAAAUUUAAGAUGGAGAAAAUAUUUGGGAAGAACAAUGCAAAGUUUGUGGAUAAGGAGGAAAAGUUCUUUUAUGCGAUACUUGUCCUAGAGUCUUUCAUCCACGAUGUUUAAAACUAAAGGAAAUACCUAAAGGCAAAUGGAGUUGCAUGAUUUGCCUGAGCUAUUUUUCUAGAUAAGUCAAAACAAGAUAAACUUUUAAAAAGAUGCUAAUUAAAUGA